CUCUGUGUGGGACUGCUGAGAAAGUCUGAGGGCAGGCCCACUGUCAGUGAAUUCAAAGAAUUAACUGAACUUGAAUUAAGAGGAGACAGUGGAGGGAAAAAAAAAUAACCUUCCAAAUUAAUUUAAAGUGAGAAGGCAAUCACAUUUUAAAAGGUAGUAAGAUUUCUUAAUGAUGGAUCAAGGCUCUUCUUGGGAUUUUCUCAGCGUGGAUCUUAGAGCCCAACUCUUGAAACAUGCACAAGGCGUGCAGAAUCUGGUCUGGGAGAGGCCUAAGGGCGGGAAGGGAGGAAACAGAACAGCAUCCACUUCCAUCAAGAAUCGGGGGCCGGCCAGUGGCUGAGUGCUUCCUCUUUUACAGUGGCUGUGAAGGCCGGCGGGACGUGGCCACGGGAUAUCGCCCUCUUCGGACAGCCAUGAAGUCUUUUCUUUUAGAGGAGAUGCAGGGUUUGACUGGGAGAACUCGGAAAUGAAAGGACAAAUUGGAGAGUAAAGCCAAAGAAGGGAAGGUAGAAAGGCCUUUCUGUUAAGGUCUUAAACAGGAGAAUCUAGUAAGAAAAGUAUCUUUGGGACCAUCAGGUGACCCCAACUACUCUUAAGCACAGGCCAAAGGGCUUCAAAGGGAGGAUUCUUGGAGGAAAGAGGUCGGCUAAAAAAUUCACGAAAGGUUUUUGGAAGAGAUACUCAGAGAUACUCUUCAGACACUCUUAAAAUUUGACUUGAGAAUGUAUUUUCCAGGAAAGUAAAAAUGACAGGCAAACCUAGUGAAAAGAUGCUCUAGUUCCUCCUUAGGUAUGCCACACCCCCGGGCCUGUUUUCUUUCACCUUGCAUCUAGAUUAAAUGACCCUUCAAUUACACCCCGAGUCGUCAAAGCAAGUCUAUUAGCGAGUGCCUGUUCAAAAACUUUCAUCUAGGAGCUCUCCACCAUCUGUUACGCGGUCUCUUAAACCGAAUCCGGCGCCCCCUCCCGAAACUCUCUGGAGCCUCCCUUGCCAUCUCCCCGCCUUGGGGGGGAUGGAGCCGCCCCAGGACCUGCGGGAAUGCAGAGGAGAAGGGGUGGAGCGCGAUCUCGCUCGGGAUGGGUUGCCGGGCCGGCCGGAGCGGUGGUGGUCCAGAGGCCCGAGGUCGACGGGACCUGAUCGAAGGCAGCGCCGCGUCGACCGACCCCGGGAGCCAGACGCUUGGGAGCCCCAGCACGGCCGCGGCGCCCAGUCACUGAAGUUGCGCCCCAACUCCCAGCCGCCGCCUCCAAGCUUCUGGAGCUACCGUUCCUGGCCCCUCCAAGGGAGUCUCACAGAGCUCGGUGGCCCUCGGCCUUGCCAACGUCGUUUUAACUGUUUGGAACUCGUGAGCGAGAACCGAGAAGUGGAGAGCCCGGCCGGGGAGUUUUCAGCUUUUCUGUUUCACUUCGGGCUGCUUCUUUUCAAAUGGUUCUGCGCUGGCCACCGAAUCCAGAAUGAGGCGGGGCUCCUCUGCCCCUACGCCAGCAGCGGGAACUUGGUUCCCCUGGGCAGCCGGGGACAGGGGGCGCAGAGGCCGCGGCGAUAAUGAAGGCUGAGACAGCCAAGGCCAGCGGGUCGGCGCGGGGCGCUCCCGGGCCGGAGUGGCCAUCGGUCGGAGUUCAGGAGGUCUGUGACAAGCAGGGAACAAGGCAACGGACGGCGCAGCCCAGCCCCGGCUGACGGACGCUGGCGACUCAGACAUGGACAGUAGCUGCCACAACGCGACUACCAAAAUGUUAGCGACUGCUCCAGCUCGGGGCAACAUGAUGAGCACGUCCAAACCCUUGGCUUUCUCCAUUGAACGAAUCAUGGCGCGCACCCCCGAGCCCAAGGCCCUGCCAGUCCCCCACUUCCUGCAGGGAGCCUUACCCAAGGGGGAACCCAAGCACUCUCUGCAUCUCAACUCGUCGAUUCCCUGCAUGAUCCCUUUCGUGCCUGUGGCGUACGACACGAGCCCCAAGGCAGGAGUGACGAGUUCCGAGCAGCGGAAGGCCAGUCUGGAGGCCCCGGCUGCGCCCGCGGCGGUGCCCUCGGCGCCGGCAUUCAGCUGCAACGACCUGCUCAACUGCGCACUGAGUCUCAAGGGCGACCUGGCCCGCGACGCGCUGCCGCUGCAGCAGUACAAGCUGGUAAGGCCGCGUGUGGUCAACCACUCUUCAUUCCACGCCAUGGGCGCCUUGUGCUACCUGAACCGAGGUGACGGCCCGUGCCACCCGGCAGCCGGCGUGAACAUCCACCCGGUGGCCUCCUACUUCCUCAGUUCCCCUUUGCACCCGCAGCCAAAAACGUAUUUAGCCGAAAGGAAUAAACUGGUGGUCCCGGCGGUGGAGAAAUACCCUUCUGGAGUAGCGUUCAAAGACCUGUCCCAGGCUCAGCUGCAGCAUUACAUGAAAGAAAGCGCCCAGCUUCUGUCGGAAAAAAUCGCGUUCAAAACCUCGGACUUCAGCCGAAGCUCUCCUAAUGCCAAGCCCAAAGUUUUCACUUGCGAAGUGUGUGGAAAGGUCUUUAAUGCGCACUAUAACUUAACCCGUCACAUGCCAGUGCACACAGGAGCCAGACCCUUCGUUUGCAAAGUGUGCGGAAAAGGUUUCAGGCAAGCAAGCACCCUGUGCAGGCACAAGAUCAUUCACACGCAGGAAAAACCUCACAAAUGUAACCAGUGUGGCAAAGCAUUUAAUAGAAGUUCCACUUUAAACACUCAUACCCGAAUACAUGCGGGCUACAAACCGUUUGUGUGUGAAUUCUGUGGCAAAGGGUUUCAUCAAAAAGGGAAUUACAAAAACCACAAGUUGACCCACAGCGGGGAGAAGCAGUUCAAGUGCAAUAUCUGCAACAAGGCUUUCCACCAGGUUUACAACCUCACUUUCCACAUGCACACCCACAACGACAAGAAGCCUUUCACCUGCCCCACGUGCGGCAAGGGUUUCUGCAGGAACUUUGACCUCAAGAAGCAUGUCCGCAAGCUGCACGACAGCAGCCUGGGGCUGGCCCGCACGCCAGCUGGCGAACCAGGCACUGAACCGCCGCUCCCGCUACAGCAGCAGCCGCCGGUGACGCUGCCUCCUCUGCAGGCGCCGCUGCCAACUCCGGGGCCCCUGCAGCCCGGGCUCCACCAGGGCCACCAGUGAUCGAGGCCAGGGUUCCUUCCAGCCUCGGCCGGGCCCCCACGCUGAGGCAGCGGCAGACUAGAGCUCUUGGUCCGAGUUCGUCUGCAGACCCCGGGGCAUGUUGGGCCCCACACUUUAGGGCCAAACAGAGGCCUCUGCAUCCCUUGGCCUUUCACCUCUUGCAUGCACCUGCUAAAUGGUUUUGUGUAUUAUAUUCUAUAUAGGCACUAACAAUUAUGAAAAACUUGGAGGGCUUUGUUUGUUUUCUGUUUUUCUUUCUUUUUUUUUAAUUUGGAAAGACUUUUCAUCUUGGGUGAAGAGAUGGUGUUUGUUUUGUUUUGUUUUGUUUUGUUUAAACAAAUUUCUGCUAUAUUUAUUGAGAUCUGUAUUAUUCUACCCGGGAAUGCUGCAUCAUUUUAAUUUUAUUAUUGUAUAUAUUUCCAUUGUGUUGAUUCUCCCGUCUCAAGAUGUCUGCAGGAUGUUUAUCAUUUCCUUCUUUCCUGAAGUAACGAAACACUGUGUGUAUGUCAUAUAUACACGCAUAGAUGUGUGCGCCCAUAGGGGUAUAUUCCACAUUCGUGAGCACACACACAUACACAUUAGAUAAGAGUGGUUCAUUAUGGAUGAUUUUGAAUUUUGGUUUUGAUUAUUGCACGUGAAAAUUGAUUCAUUGACUGUUGGAAAUAAAUACUUGGAACAUGCUUAUUUAAUCAACGAA